CCGAGUUUCGGCAUCUCAUUGCAUCAGAGCCCGAAGGCACACCAACCUCAACUGGUCAUAGCAAACAUGCAAUCCGGUAUCACUGCUUCACAAGAGCUACAUAAUGCCUUCAACGCGCUCGUCUCUUCAUCACAACAACGAGCUAUUGUGGCAGGUAUCGAGAAAGAACGACUGGUGCCCAUCAUCACCGUCUCCGCCAAGAGCUCAACAUUUGACGAUGAUCUCGAUCAUCUACAAAGUCACCUGACCCCCACACAAGCAGCAUAUGUGCUGCUGAAGACACAUCCUGAUGCAGCAGAUGGCUACGCGGCGAUCACAUAUGUCCCUAAUGCCGCGCCAGUACGGCAGAAGAUGCUCUUUGCGUCAACAAGACUCACACUUGUAAGAGAAUUAGGCCUGGAGCGUUUCCGACAGCAGAUCUUUACCACGGAGAAAGAAGAGCUCACCAAGGAGGGCUGGGCCAAGCAUGAAGCCCACACUGCGCUUGAUGCGCCUCUGACAGAGGAGGAGAGCGGACUGAAAGGCGUCAAGGAUGCUGAAGCUGCUGAAAGCAUGGGCACCGCGGGGAGGAGAGGGCACGUUAGUAGUAGGAUGGACGUGAAGACUGGCGAAGGCGUCAUCGGAGCCUUGGCAUCCCUAAAAGGAGCCGAGUGCAAAGGUACGCUUGUGCAGCUAAAGUACGAGCUGCCAAACGAGGUGCUUACGCUGGAAUCAACCACCGAAUCACUCUCUCCGGAAGACGUGAGCAAGACCAUCACGGCAAGCGAGCCACGAUACAGCUUUUACUCUACAAUGUCAGGGAGUCGAGCAGAACUGCACAUUCUGUUCAUCUAUACUUGCCCUUCCAGCUCGAAGAUCAAGGAGCGCAUGGUCUAUUCCACAGGCAAGUCGUGGACGAGGAUAGUAGCCGAGCGCGACGCCGGCCUCACUAUCGCACGGUCACUAGAGGCUACAGAGCCGAGCGAGCUUACACCAGACGUUUUAGGUGGCGAGCAGGCCGCGGCAGCACAAGACGAGGGCGCAACGGAAAGCAAAGCGAGUGGCGGCUUUUCAAGACCAAAGCGUCCUGGCAGGCGGUGAUCAUGGUUGCCUCUGAUGCCACGGUGAUUGCAUGAAAGUAUUGUAUGCCACAGUCAAUGAUGAUUAACCGUGCCAUACGUCCGCAUGCGGGCCUGGUCGCCUCUAGCAGAUGGAUAAAGCAGGAGCUAAAGUUUCGUUCACAUUAUUUGCGAACAUUCCAGCGGUCUACUCCGGCUUAGGCUGCUCGGUCUCCUCAUUACUCUUGUCAGCAGCGUCUCUGGCCUUCUGUCUCGAUUUAGCGCUUUUCACCAACUUCUCAUAGCUCGAGCUCCACUUCUUCAGCUCCCUUGACUGCUUUUUGAUUUCCUCUUGCAGCUUUUCCCUUUCCUCCGCUCCUGUCUCAAGCUGGUGCUCCAGCUGGCGCAUUCUCUCAGCAGUGGCCGCGUCCGGUG